AUGGCAGACGAAGAGAAGAUAGCCGGGACAUCCUCGGCCGUCGACAUUCAAACAGCCAAGCAUGUCGACCCCACGCUCGAGAAACACGCGCACGACGCAGACGAUGCCAUGAAAAUCUUUGACGAACUGCACGGCGAAGCAAUCGAACUCGACGAGGCGACAAAUAAGCGCCUGCUCCGCACGAUUGACUGGCACAUGAUGCCAAUUAUGUGUUUUGUCUAUGGGAUGAACUACCUCGAUAAGACUACCCUAUCGUAUGCGAGUAUUAUGGGAUUGAAAGAGGACUUGCAUCUCAAGGGCGAUGAGUAUCAGUGGCUGGGGAGUCUUUUCUACUUCGGUUAUCUGGCAUGGGAGUACCCAACCAACCGCCUGCUGCAGCGGUUGCCGCUGGGCAAGUACUCCGCGGCGUGUAUCAUUAUCUGGGGUUUGAUCCUGAGUUGCUUUGCUGGGGUGAAGAGCUUUGCUGGUGCCAUUGCGAUUCGACUGUUCCUUGGUGUCUUCGAGGCUGCGGUGACGCCGGGGUUUGCCCUAAUCACUUCACAGUGGUACACCAAGAAAGAACAAGGUUCUCGCGUCAACAUCUGGUUCAGCUUCAACGGCGUCGGCCAAAUCCUCGGCGGCGUAGUUGCAUACGGCAUCGCCAUCGGUACGGAGAAGCACGGCUCGUCGAUCGAACCGUGGAAGAUCGUUUUCCUGUUCACCGGUGUGCUGACUAUCUUGUUGGGCUUGGUCUUCUACUGGAUUGUGCCAGAUAAUCAACUGAAUGCUCGCUGGCUUAAGAAAGAGGAUCGAGUGCUGGCCGUAGCUCGAGUUCGGAUUAACCAGCAGGGAAUCGGUAAUAAGCAUUUUAAGAUGUAUCAGGUCAAAGAAGCGCUGCUGGACCCGAUGACAUGGGCGUUCUUCUUUUAUGCGCUGAUUGCCGAUAUCCCUAAUGGUGGUAUCACUAACUUUUUCAGUCAAUUGAUUACCAGCUUCGGUUUCACCAAAGAGGAGAGCCUAAUCCUCGGUGUCCCCGGCGGCGCUGUUGAAGUCAUCGCCCUCGUGCUGAAUGGGUAUAUGGGCCACAUCACGAACCAGCGACUGCUGUGUAGUCUGGGUGGCCUGGUCUCUGCGCUAAUCGGCAUCAUCCUCAUCGUUGCACUCCCGGAAUCCAACAACAUCGGUCGUCUGAUCGGAUACUACAUGACGCAAGCGAGUCCGACAGCGUUUGUCGCGCUGCUAUCAAUGAUCUCGUCCAAUGUAGCCGGCUAUACGAAGAAGACAACGGUAGCAGCGCUCUACUUGAUCGGAUACUGUGUGGGCAACAUUAUCGGACCCCAAACUUUCCGCCCAAAAGAUGCCCCCCGCUACGUCCCCGCCGAGAUCACGAUUAUCGUGUGUCUGGGCAUUUCUCUUUGCAUCAUGGUGUUUAUCUGGUGGUGGUACCGGAAAGAGAAUGCGAGGAAGGCGGAGAUUCAAGGGCGACCGGAUUAUGUGCGGUUGGAGAAUCAAGAGUGGCUUGAUUUGACGGAUCGGGAGAACCCCGAUUUUACGUAUGCGCUGUGA